AAAUGAAAGUAUACAAUAUCACGAAGAGAGUUGAUGAUUAAAAUGGAAAUGGGCUGGUCACAUAGCAAGAAGAACUGACGGCAAGUGGGCUAAGGCAGUUGUGGAAUGGAUCCCACUUGAUUAAAAAGCAUCCACAAAAGAGACUUAAAGCAAAAAGGAUAGACGACAUCAGCAAGUAUUGUGGGCCCAAUUGACAAAAGAAAGGUCAAGACCAUAUUGGUUGGAAAUUUGCAGAAGAGGCCUUCAUCCUGCAGUGGAUAGACAAUGGCUAAAAUGAUAAUGAAACCAUAUAUAUUAAGAUUUUAUUCCAAAAAGAUGUUAUAAUCCUAUCAUCUGAAGAUAUGUAUGAGAGGUUAUCUUAUACUGCCCCCACAUUUCCAGUGAUCAACAUUUGUCCAGAUACUCAAACACACAGUUCUUGGUGACCCUGUGCAUUUUGAGAAUUUCUGCUGAAUAAUGGCGAUCAAAGUUGGAUAUUUUUAGAGCUGACAGAGUACUGUUACUCUAUGAUGAUCUUAAUGUUCCUUUAACUUCAUUAUCCCAGCUUAAUCUGCAUAAAUAAUGCACAUAGAUAUACAAAUGGUAUAUGGGAGGUUCUAAGACAGUUGCAGGAAGCUAAACUGAACUUAUAAACCAUUACGUUUGCAUACCUUCUCCUUUUUAACUGUUUCUGUUGUGUCCUGGGUCUGAUGAGGCAGCUCAGCAGGCCCAGAAAUGUUGCAAAAAGUCCUGGGCAACCCAAAAGCUGCCCGGGACCAGACUGGUUGGCACCGGCCUUGCGUACAUGAGCAAGGCACAAAUAAAGGAGAUUUAUGAUAGGUUGUUUGGAAGACUAUAAAAGGCCUGCGAGCCUGUUGGGUUACUGAGUGGUAACGUGGAUCAAAUAAAGAAGAACUUGGUUACAACGUGAGUGUGUGUCGCUUCAAUGCUGCGAACCCCAAGACGUAAAAGUUUCCCAUAUUGUUUAUGGCCUGGAUAAGCAAGGUAGCUGACUGACUUCAAUUUUGCAUAUAAAUCCACCAGAUGCCCCUUCAGGUUAUUCUUGUUCAACUUGCUUAUUGGAAAGCUCAAACUCUUCUGAGAGGGAGGGGAGGUAGCUGACAUCACAUCCUCUUCCACUAAUGGGAACCUAUUUCAUCCAUCAAGUUAAUCAUAAUUCUCCUCUUCCUUUUCUAAAGAAAGAUUGCCAAAAGAAAAAAAUGGCCAAAAUUUUCUAUCUUCUAUGGUUCUUUGGUCUGAUUUUAUGCUGCUGUGGGUUCAAAACAGACCUACUAGAAAUCAAGAUGAUCAGCAAUUCUCCCCAAACAUUUGGAACCAAAGUGGAAUUCAAAUGUGAGACUGACUACGUAGAUGCUGGUGUAUUUUGGAUUCUUCAGAAACUGAAUAACAAACUCCAUUUCAUUGCACAUGUUACAUCAAGAUCUAGAGAGAUAAAGGGUAUUCCUGAAGGCUACACGUCUACAAAAAUUGGCAACUAUUACCAGCUAACUAUUGCCAGCUUUGAAGAGAACCAUGAGGGUACCUAUUUUUGUAUGCGCCAUCGCAAUCAGAUGCUGAGUUUUAGUUCAGGCAUCCUAGUACACCUGCCAGUGAAAACUACUACUGUGCUUCCUACCAUCCCACAGCAAAUUUCAAUCACCACCAAAGAACUGAUAAAAGAAGAAGCUAUGAAAUGUCCCAAUUCUACAGUCAUAGUAACAACAAAUACAAAAAGUACAAUGUUCUCCUGUGACCUUUAUGUAUGGGUUCCCUUAGCUGGUGUUUCUCUUCUGCUGCUGAUAACCCUGAUAAUCGUCAUAUCACUGUGCUGUGGUUCAAGGAGAAGCAGAAGAAAAUGCAAAUGUAUACGGCCAACAAAUGGAACCAAUGGAACUCACAUUCCAAGACAAUAAAUAGGAUCCAGUAUGAUCAACAAAGAGAUUCUGAUGUACUUGUAAUAAUUUUCUGUUCAUAUAUUAAGAAUGAAUGUCUUAGAUCAGAUCUUUGAAAUCAUACGCUGCAUUGUUAUAUUUUAUUAUUUACUCAUAUCAUUUACUCAGAAAGCAAUUUUUCUGUAAAUUAGCAGGUUAUGAAUUUAUUCAUCCAGUUGAACAUAUUGCCGUGUUAUGAAAACAAAGUCAAUACUGUAGCUUUAAAACAAUCGUUUAGAAAUAUGUAAUAAUUUUGUGAUACUUAUGGCUAUAAUUAUGAUGGAAAAAUUACUAAUUCAAAGAACAUUCAAUAGCAUUUGUUUUCUGGGUAGCCAGGUGGAAGGAAAGGGAAGCAUUAUCUUAUCUUUCCUCAUUCACGUAGGUACAUAUGUGUAUUAUUCUUGUUGCAGUUGCCUUCUCUCUUUCCACCCUGGGAGUUUUAAUAUUUAGUAACCUGGGAGGGAAAGGUAUAUAAAAAAGUUGCAUUCCCAAAUCUCUAAAAUAGCCUAUAGAAGGACUGAAGGGAGAUGAUGUUUUACCACUAACCAGUGUCAGAAUAUAAUUUAUCCUGUUCUAAGAAGGAUUAGAAUAUAUAGAAGAUCUGCUCUAAAUUUAGUUUUAUAGCAUUUCAGGGUAGAACUGGGGAAGACCUUUUCUGAAACUUCAAAGCUAGAUAGAAUAGUGAUUUGACUCAAUAUAGAGCAGCUUUUAAAAAUCUGAUGUAAUUGCAAUCAGUGGCAGGAAAGAGAAGCAGAUGUGUUCUACCAUCAGUUUUGACAACCCACCAUUUUGCCACAAUUCCACAGAUCUGUAAUACUUUCAGAAUGAUAUUGUCUGUAUACGGCAGAGAACAAUUUAAGUUAACUAUUAUUUUCCUUUGUUCAAGUAUCCAAUAAACUAAGUCAAGAUAAUGUUAAGCAUUCAGUACUUCCCAUUUCAUCUUCCAUGCCCAAUAGCAAAAACUGAAGCAAACUUUAUUAAACAAACCAAAUGAAAUCCAUCAAGGCUCCAGGACACAACAAACAGUACCUUUUCCCCUUCUGGGGAAAAACAGAUUCUGCAAGCAUAGAGUGAACUCAUGAGUUCACUAAUUCACUCAAAGAGGAGCCAAGUUAAUACAAAUGAAUUUUCCAAAAACAGUACAGCUUUUUGAAAUGUAUCACUCUUUGUUCAACAUCAAGUGUUCAAUAGGGAUGCAUGCCAGUCAAAUUAGCGUGUGGUAGAGCUCACAGAAAGAAAAAGAAGAUAAAGUACAUUUCAGUUGCCCAUUUCUUUACAAUAGGACUUACCACAAUGCUAGGAAAGUAUUCGAUCAUGUUAUCAACAUGAUAGUUUGCUUAUUAAAAAUGAAAGUUUACUUUCAUUCUACAGAUAUAUCACAACUAAAAAUGAAAAAAAUCUAUUAGUAACUUCUCAUAUGUAACAGAUUAAAUGCAUGUGCAUUUAAAUUUAGGCUUGGCAUGUUUCUUCUGUUGGCUCAUGCAUGCUUCUACUGAGAUCUCCAGAACACCACUGUAACAUCUUAAAUUGUUCUAAUAAAGAUAUUAACCUAUGAUGUAA